AUGGCCUUCUACUCUCGCACCUCUUCGACCCGCCUGGGCUCCAUGCGUUCCCCCAGUGUGUACGGGGGUGCAGGGGGCUCGGGGGUCCGGGUUUCCAGUGCUCCCCGGACCUUCACCUCCUCUGGGGCCAUGGGGUCCUUCAGCCUUAGCGACGCUCUGGAAACAUCCUCCAACGAAAACAAGAAGACCACAAUGAAGAAUCUCAAUGACCGGCUGGCUACUUAUCUGGACAAGGUUCGCAGUCUGGAAAAUGCCAAUGGAGAACUGGAGCUGAAGAUUCGACAGUUUCUGGAAAAUAAAACCAAACCUGAAGAACACAACCACGAGGUGUUUAAAGGAGUCAUCUGUGACCUGCAGGACCAGAUUCUUGACGUCACUCGUAACAACGCCGACCUCUACCUGUCCAUCGACAACGCCAAGCUAGCAGCAGACGACUUCAGGAACAAGUACGAGAACGAGCUGAACAUGCGUCAGUCUGUGGAGGCCGACAUCGCAGGGUUAAAGAGGGUCCUGGACGAGCUCACCAUGACACGCUCAGACCUGGAGAUGCAGAUUGAAGGACUGAAGGAGGAACUCAUCUUCCUCAAGAAGAACCAUGAGGAGGACCUUCUGACCAUGCGGUCCCAGAUCUCGGGGACAGUGAACGUGGAGGUGGACGCUGCUCCUCAGGAGGACCUCGGUGUUGUCAUGGCAACCAUCAGAGAACAGUAUGAGACAGUGGCAGCGAAGAACCGCAAAGACCUGGAGGGCUGGUUCCAGAAUAAGACAGAGGACUUGUCUCGGGAGGUGGCGGUCAGCACCGAGUCACUGCAGUCGUCCAGAUCUGAGAUCAAUGAAGUGAAGAGGACAGUGCAAGGACUGGAGAUAGAACUGCAGUCUCAGCUCAGCAUGAAACAGUCUCUGGAGGGGACCCUGAUGGACACGCAGCAGCGCUUCAGUACCUCUCUGGUCGGGUACCAGAACCAGGUCCUGUCCCUGGAGCAGCAGCUGGUGGCUCUCAGAAGCGACCUGGAGAGGCAGGGCCAGGAGUACCAGGUCCUCCUAGAUAUGAAGACCCGACUGGAGAUGGAGAUUGCAGAGUACCGAAGGCUGAUGGAUGGAGAGCUGGGAAGUGCGGUCUACAACUCUGGAUCCACUCGGACUCAGAAAGUCCUGAUCAUCACCAAAGAGAGGUGGGUGUGGAGACGGGGUGAGGUAAGACAGGGUGAGAGAGGACAGGGUGAGGGAAGACAGGGUGAGAGAGGACAGGGGGCUGGAGGAGGAGCUCAGGGGCAGAAGGAGGAGCUCAGGGGCCAGAAGAGGAGCUCAGGGGCAGAAGGAGGAGCUCAGGGGCCGGAAGAGGAGCUCAGGGGCAGAAGGAGGAGCUCAGGGGCCGGAAGAGGAGCUCAGGGGCAGAAGGAGGAGCUCAGGGGCCGGAAGAGGAGCUCAGGGGCAGAAGGAGGAGCUCAGGGGCCGGAAGAGGAGCUCAGGGGCAGAAGGAGGAGCUCAGGGGCAGAAGGAGGAGCUCAGGACUGCAGAGAAUGUUAA